AUGGUACGAGAUGUAAAUCGUUUUAACGCUCAUGAAUACAAAGUUAUAGACGACGAAAUAACCUACAAAGAGCACGAUGGUUAUACAUCUACUACUUCAUAUGGAUACGAAAUUUUAUUUGCCUAUUAUAACGAAAAAGAAAAUGGGAAAAUCACUGAAGGAAAUUUAGAAAAAUAUGUUUGUAUUAAUGUGGGAUGUGGCAACUUCUCAUAUGCAGAAAUUCCUCACAAGUUCAAUUAUAUCAUGGGAGUUACAGGAACUUUAGAAACUUUGGAACCUUAUGAAAAAAAUAUAAUAGAAAAUGAAUAUAAUAUCAAAAUAAACACUGCAUUUUCACGUCAAUAA